UCGGAUCGUCCGCGAGCGCUAGGCGAGGCGAGGACACGGCUAUGUCGCGGUCGCAGGGCGGCAGGGCGCCGCCGUCGAUAGUAAUCUCACAGCGCGGCGGCCGAGCGUGACUGCUCCGCCUCCGCCUCGCACCGCCGUGCCCGUCUAGUCCUCGCUGUGACCGUGUUCAGUGCAUGAAUGGCAAAUGGACAUUGUCAUAAAUCGUCAGUCGUGUUUACAGUUUUUGUGAAUAUAGCUAGUUUCGCGCCGCCCUUUGUCCAACGGGGGCGGUGGUAGAACGCGGUUCUCAUGCGGUCAGGCUCGCCUGGCGCUCACGAAACGACCGAGUGAAUUAUGGCUAUGUGCAUAUACGUCGUGCAGUACACAUACCUAACGUACGCGCCUACCUAUCUAUACUACAGUGCAGCGAUGAGCGAAGGCUGUAACUACGUACCUACUCAAACAAAGCAUUUUGCUCGCAAAUCUAUACUGCUGGCAUGAACGGCUAGUUUUCGUGUUCUUUGUAAAAUUUCACGUAGUAUCGUUAUCGUGUUUUUGUCGGGGUCAUAAUUUAUGAGUUUCAAAACAUCUGUGCUUGUCAAUUGUCUAAAUUAGUGUGAAUUUUGAGGUUAGGCCGUGAUUUGUGCUAAAUUCGCAAUUUGCGAAGAGAGUGGUUUCCGUAGUGAUUAUAAAAGUGUUUUAGGAUGUUAUUUUAAGACUUUUGUGUUCAUAGUGUGGAAAAAAAUGUGUUUGCUAGGCCAAGACUGUGUCAAUAAGGACAGCACAUAAUCAUUGUGUUUUGAAUCGGCUAUUAAAUGCAGCAAUUCCACAUAAAUUGGGAGGAAGGUGAGGAGAAGCCGAAAGCGGCGGAAAGCCAGGACGAUGGGUACGAGACGAGCAACAGCGGCGAGGCGCGGCGGAAGCCCUCCAGCGCCGAGGCAUCCCCCGCCCCGCCCGCGCCCCGCUCGCCUCCGCCUGAGCCCCCCUUCGAGCCGCUCCUGCAACGACCGUUCCCCUCACCUUACCGGCACUUCGAGCCAGCACCGGCGCCGCCGCCUCCGCACGCCCACGAACAAGAGCCGUACCAACACUUCCCGUUCCCCAAGUACCCGCAAGACGCUUACGGCUUCAAACGCGAACCGGACGCCCCCUACGACAUGAGCCAACACCACCAGCAACACCAAAUGCAACACCAGUUCGCGAAACGCACUGAAGACUUAUACAAUGGAAUCAAGCAGGAAUGUGAAGACCCCUACUCGUUCGUCGAGGAGGAUGCGAUGUGUGCGAUGCUCGGCCAGCAGCACCACAUGCCGCCGCAUAUGCAGCACCACGACCACCACCAGCACCAGCACCCGCAUAUGCAAAUGCACCCGCAGCAGAUGAUGCUCAACCAGCCGAAGAAACGGGGCAGAAAGAAGAAAAUUAAAGAUGAAAAUGGUAUGGAAAUCAAAACGGAAGGCCUCGAGGGUGCCCUGAUCCCGAGGCCGGUUAAGGAGAGAAAAAAGCACGACAGAUUCAACGGCAUGAGCGAGGAGGAGGUAUCCAGGCGCACGCUGCCCGACCACCUGGCUGAGAACCUGGACAUCAUCAUUAUCGGCAUCAAUCCCGGGCUAUUCGCAGCGUACAAGGGCCACCAUUACGCGGGUCCCGGGAACCACUUUUGGAAGUGUUUGUACCUCUCCGGCUUGACCAGGGAGCAGAUGAGCGCGGAUGAGGAUUAUAAGCUAUUAAACUUCGGCAUCGGUUUCACGAACAUGGUGGCGCGACCCACGAAGGGCUCGGCGGACCUCACGCGGCGCGAGAUCAAGGAGGGCUCGGCGAUACUGCUGGAGAAGCUGCAGACCUUUCGGCCGAAGGUCGCCGUGUUCAACGGGAAGCUCAUAUACGAAGUGUUCUCCGGGAAAAAGGACUUUUGUUUUGGAAAACAGCCGGACACUAUAGCUGGAACUAAUACGUACAUGUGGGUGAUGCCGUCAUCAUCAGCGCGCUGUGCACAACUACCACGCGCGGCAGACAAAGUUCCGUUUUAUGCAGCGCUGAAGAAAUUCCGCGAUUACCUUAACGGUCUAGUGGCACAUGUCGAUGAAGCGGAGCUGGUGUUCCCGGACAACACGAGCCGUCGGCCCCAGGAGGAGAUGGAGAUACGCAGCACGUCCAUCCGCAGGCUGACGAUGGAGCCAGAGCCGGGGGACACUAUCAUACUGGAGGAUGGGACAGAAGUUCCGCUGAAGAAGAAAAGAGGUCGACCCAAGAAGAUAAAGUUGGAGAAUGGGGAAACAGCUCCUCCUACUCCUAGAGCGCCCCGACCUCCGCGCCCGCCGCCCAGCAUGGACCCGAAUGGGGAACAACCACCGAAGAAGAAGAGGGGCAGGCCGAAGAAGAUACGCCCGGAGGAGCAGCAGUUUCUGCUGCAGCAACAGCAGCAACAACAGCAGCAGCAGCAACAGACGAAUUCCAUGCUCCAGCCGCAGCUAUCCUCGAUGUCGUCUCUGCCCCACGAGCAGCCGUUCAUGGCGCACGGUGGUGGGGACUUCCCCACGCAGAUGCCGUCCCCACUGCAGCAGGGCAUGCUGUACCAUCAGCAGCAUCAGCAUCAGCAGCAGAUGGCGGAGGGCUCCCCGUACUACCAACCGAACAAUGGCGGCAUGGAGUCGCCGCUGGACGUGUCGGGGCUAGGGCUGCGCGCGGGCUACGGGUCGCCGCGCGGCGUGUACGCGUCGCCGCGCUCGCAGCCCUACUCGCCCACGCCGCAGCGCCCCGCCGCCACGCCGCAGCCGCAGCCGCAGCACCAGUUCCCAUCAAGCCCCGCGGCGUUCUCGGCCCCGUCCCCGCCGCGCAACUCGUUCGGGUCGCCGGGCGUGGGCGUGGGCGUGCGCGUGGGCGGCGCGUUCGCGGCCCGCUCGCCUCUAUACGCCAGCUCGCCCAGCUACCGCCAGCAGCCGAGCCCGGCGCCGCAGCAGCAGCCGCGGUUCGCGCACGACCAGAUGCAGUACGGAAGGGAGGGGGCGUCGCAGUCUACGGGCACGCCGUACUCGCAGUCGCCGGUGCCGUCUGUGGGCGUGGGGCUGGGCGGCAGCACGCCGUUCCCCGCCGCGUCGCCCGCGGGCGGCGCCGGCGCGCUGCACUCGUACACGCCCUCGCCCGCGCACACGCCCUACAGCCACCACUCGUCGCCCGCGCCUGCGCCCCUCACGCCUACGUACACGGAGUCCCACCACUACGCGCAGGGUGGGGGCUCCAACGGCGCCGGCAGCAGCUACGGCGGCGAGUUAUCCCACGAGAUUGGUGCAGCGAUCUCCUCGCCCGGGGUGUCUCCCGGUAUAGCCACGCUGGACUUUGAGCCGCCCCGGGACGACGCCAGCCCCAUGGGCAGCACGGACAUGCAUCCCGGGAGCAAUAGCAACUCGUCGCUGUCGGAUUAUAAUAAGCAACCGAGCGCUAGCAACGCAGAGGUGUCGCCGGGCGGCGUGGGCGUGGGCCCGGGCUCGGUGGGCGGGGCCUCGUUCGGCGCCGCCCUGUACGAGCGGGACGCGAUGCCGUACGCGGACGACAAGCCGCACGACUACCACUAUCCGCAGGACCAGGGUAACGGCGUGGCUGGCAGCCCGCGGUUAGACCAGCUCCAUCAGCAUCCCUCCAUGUUUCCUAGUAAUUUCAAUAGAUCAACACCCCCGGUGGGUGAAGAAGCAGCAUUCUCACCAAUGGCGUCAACCGCCUUCCGACCCGCUGAACAUCAUCAUCCGCCUGGUUCACCGAGCGAGUACGGCGGCGACAGCGGCGCCGGCACGCCCAAGCCGAAAGGCCAACAGGACGUGUCGGCUAAGUCCCUCUCCGGCCUUGAGUCCCUCGUGGACCAGAUCCCCUCCAUCGCGGAGGGGGGCGCGGGCGCGGUGGGGGGAGGGGGAGCGGGGGGCGGCGUGGGGGGAGGGGGAGCGGGGGGUGAGGCGCCCGCGCCCUCCGUGCCCGCGCUGCCGGACUACGCGCCGGCGUUGUACCCCCCCUAUCCGGCGUACGGCACGCCCGCGUAUGGGAAUAAUGGCUACGGCGGGCCGUUCGUCGGCUACGGCGGCGGAUGGGGCACGCAGCUGAUGCGGCCGGCGCCGGGCUACCUGCCCGACUGGCAGUACGGCUACGCGCCCGCCGGCUACGCGCCCUACAACACGCCCUACUACAACGGCUACGCGGGCCCGCCCCCCGCGCACCACCAGCAGGCCCACUACCUGUCGGCGAGCCCGCUGCUGGACCUGCACAAGAACGCGGAGCCGUCGGUGCCGGCCGUGCCGUCCGUGCCGUCCGUCGGCUUCGGCGGCUUCUGUUAGUGAAUCUCUGCCCUCUGGUGAUCGCCCCCCGAACUGAUGAGCUUAAUUUGUAUCCUUUAUUUGUAAAUAUUGUACGUAUUUAUUGUUUCGUUCGGAACGCCGGGACACACCGCGUGUACGCUGCGGGCGUGUUCCCGUUAGGGCGCGGCCGCAUCGCGCGGGGCUCGCGGUCGCUGACCGGCUCGUGCUGACUGUCAGCUUGGCGUUUGUGACGGUCACUUUGACAGUUCAGCCAUUUUGUCACUUGUCAGCCGUGCAGCGGCAAGGCAGCGGCCACUCGUCGAGCGAGGGCUCACUUCCAAAUUUUAAUAUUGGAAAGGUUGUGCCGCGUUUUGUUGUUUUUUUUUUUUGUUUAAAUGAAAACUCUUGCCAAUGAUGUUUGUCGCGUUCUAGUCACUUUGAUUCGUGUCGGCUAGUCAAAUUCUCGUUUCGUCGACGACCUUCCCUCCCCCCCCUCGGCCCCGCGCGAUACGCGAGCGCGGAACAUUUUAUCUAAGUCACGAGAGCGGCCUACGAUAUGUAAUGGAAACGUUUUAUUUUAGAUUUAGUUACGUGGAGUUGGUAUUUACAAAUCAAGUUAAGCAUUUUUAUACAGUGAUUUAAUGAUGUACUUAUUUUUUAACGUUGCAAGUUGGCGGCCAUUUUGUCGCCGCGCCCGUUGGCAUCGAGGCGCGUCGUUGUAGCUCAAUUGUGGUGUCAGCGGGCAGUGGCAUCGUGCAUUUUAAUGUUACCCAAUCGUUGGCUUUGUGAUUAAAGAAAACAUACACAUAAAAUAAUAUAGGGUUGGCAAUAAUACUUUUUAAACGACCGUUUUGUUGUUGGAUUGUUAUUGAUUCUUUUCCUAAUGUCAAAUAACAGUUUUAGAACAAUCGUGUAUGAUUUGGACGACGUUCUGUUUUUAUUAUAAAUCUUUAAUCACAAAGGCAAUAAAUAGCUUCGGAUCGCUAGUGACUAGCAUAAUUUUACAUGAUAUUAUAAAAUCUAUAUUUUUUAUUAAUCGUGCGCCAUCUUUUUUAAUUGUAAGGCUAUAUGUUGUACGACUGGUUAUGCUCUAUAGGUUUAUUUUGAAGUUAAUGCAUAAUAUAUAGGGUGCUGGAGGGUUUAAUCGUUUCGUUGUUUACGAGUUUGCCAUUUUUGGGUCGAUUUUAUUGUCGGCUGAUGAAACGUGGUGUGGAAAUAGCCAAUAGAAUUUAUUAUACCACACUUUGUAGAAAAUAAAGCCAUCCCAUUGCCUAAUUUGAUAAAGGAGUGCUUGAUCUGCUCUCUUAUUGGCUCUCUGUAUUACUAGCCAUACUUCAUCGACAACAACGAAAUUUAAGAGAAUUGACAAUUUAAUAUUUUAUCCAGAGCGGUGAUUGGUCGAUAUUUUGUAAAGGCUCAAGCACAAGUCACAUUAGCCAAUAGAAUGACUUAAUGACGUAUUCGUGGUAUAACACAAUUGUAUUGGUAGUUUCCACAUUUUCGUUUCUUCCGUCGAUGACCCUAACGAGGUGUUACUCAGGUAGCCUCGCGCUUGACAGUAGUCACAUAAUUUCGUGUCUUUAGUACGUUGUUAAAGUUUUUAUUUCCUAUUAUAAUUUGUAUGUUGCGUGAUUACAAAUAAUGGAUGUCACAGUUUAAAAUCAUCCGCCGAAUGGGGUAUAUGGUGUUCAAAUCCGGUCGCGGAUCGAAAUCUCUUGUACAAAACGAAUGAAAAAAAAAACUUACGUUUUAAAUUCUUUUUAAAGUUUUCCUUUGCACAAAAAAGUAAGGUUAGGUGGAAACGAGAACAUACGUAAUAAAGACAUAUACGUUUAAAGAUAGGUUUAAAUGAAAGAAUUUAUAUAUUGUAGUGGUGGGACGUCGCGGGGACGGUUGCAAGCCGUCGUGUGCUCAAUGGCGUGCUGUGAAUAGUGCAUCGCUGUGUUUUGUUAAGCGCCCUAUUCACGGUCCAUCCCCGCUGUACGUCCCGCCAAGGUCAUACACGAUGCACGACGCAAAACGACAGUGAAUAGUAUUGACGUACGUCAAUAAUAAUUAUAUGUAUGACCUUGGCGGGACGUACAGCCAAAUGGACCGUGAAUAAAGCGCUUUAGAGCGGUCUUGGAAUGUGUACUUGUACAUGCUAAAUUGAGUCUUAUUACUAGUAUAAUAAAGACUUAUUGCUCUUUUUGCGUUCUAAAAAUCCAAAUUCAAAAAUUGAAAUAGCCCGUUAUUGUUGUGUUGUUCUAUGCUCAUUGAAUUCUAUUUUUAAAAUACUUGUGUACGUUCCAAAUCCGUUUUUCAAACUUAUGUAACUAUUUUAUAUUAAAAAAAAACACAAUUGUGAUAAGAACAGAGAGGUAUAAUGACGUAAUUGUAGGUUUAGUGAGAGAGUGAUGCUAGAGAGACGUGUAAUGUAAGAAUUUUGCAUAUUUUCACUUGUGAUAUUGUCUUGUAUAGAAUAUGGUGUGUGCCCUCUCUGUUCGUAUUUGAUCUGUGUUUUGUAAUUGCAUAAUAAUGUGAUCUGUGUUCUCAGGAAUUGUAUGAAAAAUUACUAGUUAAGGUACCAUUUCGUGUGUGUUAAGAAUGGUAGAUGGUUUUUCUUCAUGUACUUACUACACAACGGUGCACUAUUUCAAAAUCGCAUAAUUUUUUAUUUAUUCAAGCAUCGGUCAAAAUAUUAUAAUUUUAAAAAAUUUAAAUCAACAGGGUAUUUAAGAUUGCUUAAGAUUUAUUAUUCUUUUAUUUAUAUUAAAAAUUAUAUUUUAGGUUUCGCCUCGCGCGCUUGUAUUGAGCGAUUAUUUGUUUUUUUUUUAUUUGUUCUAAGUAAUUGUUAGCUUACUUCCGACGCCCAUGAAAUCAUAAAAUAGCUUGUGAUAUUUAUCUAUUAACUGCCAAAAGUUACAUUAAUAAUGGUUUAUGACUUUUGUCUAAUUAAUUUGGGUGUGUCGGAAAGGUUUGGUAUGGUAUUAAUUGUAAGGGUGUUUUCACACAAAUUUUAUUUGUGUGAACGCCUCCGUGUUUAUGUAUUGUGUUUGUAAAUAAUGAGUGCUUUAUUAUGCUUUUUUAUAUUUUUAUUUUAUUAUAUUCAUAUUAUUAUAUUUUGCUUUUGUAUUAUAACAUUGUUUUUGAGUACUUACGUUUCUAGUAAACGCUUGAGGUGUCGGUUGUUAUCAGUUUCAUUUCAUUUGAAAAUAAAUAAGUCAUUUUAACUAUUAAAGGUUUUUGCUUUUGCUGAACCUGUAAUGAUUGUUUUAGUAAUUCCACUAGACAUAUCAUUUUACCAAUUAAGUGAAGAGGUUCAAAUCGAUAUAUAUUAUUAUUGCAUUUUUUCAAUAUUUUUAAUUUAUUUAUUGUGGUGGAAGUAAUUAGUAAAUUUUCUAAGAUAAUAAAAAAAUGACCGACACCAAGCGCCUUGGCCUAUUCUCGAAUAAGUUGUGAUCGUAUUGUGUUCCCGUCUCGAAUAUCUACAUAUAAUAAUUAUAACAGUGCAAUGUGGGCGAGACUAGUGUCCUAUCUCGGUAGCGUACGACAACGUAUCAAGGGACCGCUUGUCUAAACCGUUCGGCGACAAGUCGCACGACAUCUCGGGUGCGUGCGACCGUCUGGAGUUACGUCUAAAUGCUAGAAUAAGUCUCUAUCAACGAGUUAGUUUUAGUGUACGCAAGUUAUCGCACGCGCACGCAAUACGCGCCCGUACUCGCGUGCGCGGCCGACAAGUUGCAUUUUAUCUCUCUAAGUAUUAAAAAUCGUUACGCAGAUUCCCUUCCGCAUUGUGUACUUAAUUCUCGCUCUGGAACGAAUCUGCGUAACGAUUUGCACCUUUGUUAGGGUUGACCAGUGUGUGCAUUGAGUCGCUCAACUAUUUGUACAGUAUGUAUAUUUUUGUAAAAUUUCAACUCUAACUCGUGGCAAUAUUAUCAAAUUUUAAAAGAAUUAUCUCUAACUAGUACAAUUGUUAUGCAGUUCUGUUUUUACUGUCGUUAGUCUUAGGGCGACGUCGAUCCAUCGCUUCGGUUAGGCUCUGUCGGUGAUAAGACUGAGAGACAAUGAUAUAGUUGCACGACUCACGCAUUGCUGUCGCGGUCAAUCAUUCGGGACAGUGACGCGUUCAUUUCGAAUCACCCUUUAUCACGCUAAAUGCGGUUUCAGUGUAUGACGUACUGAACCCGAAUUUUGGCCGGGUCUUUGCACGCGGUGUCUAUGGUUUUUUCUAACGUGUAACUUUUCAUUCUUUUAAGUUUUCCCACAAGUUUUAUCGCUUGUGCUUCAGUUUACCAUGCCGGGAGUUUUAACUGUUAGUAUAUUUACAUUAGUGUAUUUAAAUGUAUAUUUCCUGCAAACAAUAUUCCUGACCAUAAAGCACGGCGUGCACGGACACGAUCUAGUUAACUUUUCUUGUUAAGGCUUGUGCUACACGAGCAGAGCUAGCGCAGGGCUCGCUCGGCGCUAAGUCUGCGAGUGUGACGCAGGCGCAAGGGCGUAUCGCCAAUUGGUUGUGAAUAAUCGCUUAUCGCCCGUCAGCCUCAUCUGUCGUUUCCCAUACUUGAAGAUAUCAGUAUUGCAAACACCGACGCAUCAACUCCUAAGCAAUAAAUUACUCUUUAGUCUAUGUAUAGAGCAAUAAAAAGAAACCUUCGUUUGACGUUUCGGUGAUAUGUAAUUCGCAUCUCUCCACACGACACCGCAGAGGGUGGACGGCACUCGACCGUCUGUGAAUAAAGUUACCCGCGUAUUGAAGCGAUGAUAGCGCGUAGUGAACAACAAGGAGAUCGAAUCUAGCUCAAUUUUUUCUUAAUAAUUAAUUAUUAAUUGUAAUUUAUUAACUCCUACUCGCUUGUUGUUUACCGUUGACUCGUUCGAUUUAUCCUCUUGGCUGGUUUAUUAGAUAAAUGUACAAUAGCGAUAAUUCACGGUUUCACUUAUGGAAUUUAAUAGUUGAUAGAUAUUAUUUGAUGAUUUGGUAGUGUUAAACGUUCGUUUAAGCCAGCUAAGCCUCCUCAAGCUGCAUAGUACUCAAACGACUCGCAUUUCGAAUAACGGUGCUUAUUUCUCGUUGGUAUGUUUGUUUGCGCGCGCGGACCUCGUUAGUCAAUUACACCGCGGCGCCGCUCAGCCGCGCGUCGCGUCUCAGCGCGUUUAAAGUACAAUUUAUCUUUAUAUCUAUUAUUAAUUAAUUAUAGUACAUAAACUGUUGUCACUGUUGAGCUAUGUCGCAUGUUCUCGUCAGAGUUCGGUCUGUGUGUCCGUUUAUAUAUACUUACGCUAGCAGUAACGAUCGAUAAUGUUUGUACAGUUUUUAACGAUACUUCUCGUAGCGUAACUAAGCAAGAAAUAUUUUAGUAUAUAUUUAAGAUCUAAUCGAAUUACAUUUUAGUGUAUUAUAAUAAAGUACUCGAGUUUUCAAAUUUCAUUUUUAAAACUUUGUAUGGUCCUAUAGGUUUUGUUUGAUUGUCUCAUCUGAAACCGACUCCGUGGAAUGUAAUUAGAAAUUUAACUGGAAGAAUUUUAAAUAAAUUAAUACAACAUUAAUAUUAUUUAAGUAAUGUAUUAUAAAAUAGGAAUAAGGUAAAAAGUUAUUAACAUUGUAUGGAAAAUUGUGACAAAAUUAUAGUCAUUUGUAAUAUUA